CCUUGGAUCCGUACACUUCACGGCCCAAUACCAAUCAGUUAUCGUCUUUGUUUCUUUGUCGAAAAGAUUGAAUCCGUCAUUCAUGCGUAUUGAAAUUUGUUGAAUCGGAUCUGCAAAACGUUUCACGGAUAAUUAUUAUUUGGAGAAAAGAGAAAAUUUCAAAGGUUGAUCCUAAUGAGGGGUGCUGAAAGCUGCAGAAAUGGAGAAUCAGCUCCGUUGGUGGCACAAAAUGACAAGGGAUUUGAUGGGCUUAUUCCUCAAUUAUUUACCUCAUUACCAGCUCUAAAUGAAGCUGUUUCGUGUCUUGCUCAAACAACUACUUACUUUACUGGUUGUUUUUCUGAUUAUGCUGUGGAACCUUCCACCAGAGAUUCAGGGGAUUCCGUUGUACAUGCACAAGAAUUAGAAACGUUUUCUUCUGUACAGACUGAGGAUACCGUGAUUAGUGAUCAUCCUUUUUCUAGUGAAAGCACCUCCACGUUGGCUGAAUCAUCUAGUCUUGUAAAUGCUACCUCUGCUAACCAUGUUGGAAUAGCAAGGGCCACUGCUGGAGAUCCAUCUGAAAAUACUGGUGUGAUUGUACAUUCAAAUCAUAAUGGGCAAAAUGGGAUUUCCAUGUUUCAAGGGCUUAUUGAAAGGGCACAGAGGACCGUUCGUGGAUCUGCUGAUGAUAUAGGAUGGUUGAAGCGUGAUCCUGAGAUGCCUCCAGUUGAAGACGGAACUGAGAAGUUUGCAGAAAUUUUAGACAAUAUUAGGCAUGGUCUGCACAAGCUGCCAAACACAAUGGUUUAUUUAUUGGUUCCAGGUCUUUUCAGCAACCAUGGCCCUCUAUACUUUGUCAGCACAAAAACAAGUUUCUCAAAAUUGGGUCUAACUUGCCAUAUUGCCAAAAUUCACAGUGAGGCUUCAGUUGAGAAAAAUGCCAAAGAAAUAAAGGAUUACAUCGAGGAAAUUUAUUGGGGUUCCCAGAAACGCGUUUUGCUUCUUGGACAUAGCAAAGGUGGCGUAGAUGCAGCGGCUGCUUUAUCUAUCUAUUGGUCUGACUUGAAAGAUAAAGUUGCUGGGUUGGCAAUAGCACAGAGUCCGUAUGGUGGAAGCCCUAUAGCUUCAGAUAUCUUGAGAGAAGGUCAACUCGGUGAUUAUGUUAAUAUACGGAAACUUAUGGAGAUUCUGAUUUGUAAAGUGAUUAAGGGGGACAUGCAAGCUUUGGAAGACUUGACUUACAAGCGGAGGAAGGAAUUUUUGAAGAAACACCAUUUACCUCGGGAACUUCCUGUUGUUUCUUUCCAUACCGAAGCCGGCAUCACUCCUGCUGUUUUAGCAACAUUAUCUCAUAUUGCUCAUGCGGAGCUACCAUUGACGGCUCCCCUUUCUGAUGGUCAACCUGCAAGGUUGCCUGUGGUCAUGCCCCUCGGUGCUGUGAUGGCUGCAUGUGCCCAGUUGCUGCGGGUUAGAUACAGUGAAAAGAGCGACGGGGUUGUGGCACGCUGUGAUGCAGAAGCCCCAGGAUCUGUUGUGGUACGGCCAAAACGGAAACUAGAUCAUGCCUGGAUGGUUUAUUCAUCAUUGAAUGAUGACCCUUCUGAAGCAGAUGCGGCACAAGUGUGCGAGGCUCUUUUAACACUGGUUGUGGAAGUUGGGCAGAAAAAAAGACGUGAACUCUCAAUGAAAGAUGAAUGACGUAGUCGUCGUCACACUUAGGUGUAAUGAAUGUACUGUUAACCGAGUAGAUGAGGUUCUUUUAAAUUCUUUUUGGCCAGCACUAGCUCCAUUGAAGCCUGAUAAUUUGACGUGUAUAUAGCUGAACUGUUAGGCAGACUCGGUCUGCCCAAUUUGUAAAAAAAGAACAGGUAUUACAAUGAUGAAAUGAGUAUAGGACCUUCUUUUAUAUA